AUGAUGAGGGUCAUCAUCCUCCUGCUCACACUGCAUGUGCUAGAAGUCUCCAGUGUGAUGAUGAAUAAGAGUCUCAAAAAGAAGGUUGAAGGGAAUUGGCGAACAGUUUACUUAGCUGCAAGUACCAUGGAGAAGAUAAAUGAAGGCUCACCAUUGAGGACCUACUUCCGUCGCAUUUUGUGUGGGAGGAGAUGCAACCAAAUAUUCCUCUAUUUUUUUAUUAAGAAAGGGGCUAAGUGCCAACAGUAUAAAAUUGUAGGAAGGAAACAACAAGACGUUUACUAUGCAGAGUAUGAAGGGAGCACAGCAUUUAUGUUAAAGACUGUGAAUGAGAAGAUAUUGCUGUUUCAUUAUUUUAACAAGAACAAAAAAAACGAUGUCACACGAGUGGCUGGAGUUUUGGCAAAAGGCAAACAACUGACUAAGGAAGAAAUGACGGAGUACAUGAACUUCGUGGAAGAAAUGGGCAUUGAAGAUGAGAAUGUACAGCGUGUCAUGGACACAGACACCUGUCCAAACAAGAUCAAUUCUUAA